AUGUAUCUACGACCGGAAGUGAUCGUCUCGGACUGGAGCGCGGUGGAGCGCUUCCUGCGCACGCACGCACUCGGACUUCUCACCACCGCCAUUCCGCACGCUGGUCAGUCGACCAUUCAAGCUUCGCAUCUACCAUUCCACUUCGUGCCACCCUCCAGCCCACCUCAGACCAUCCAGGAGACCUCUUCUGCCAGUCUUUCCUCCAACAGCAUCUUGGGCACGUGGAAUUGCUCUGCCAACCAAGAUCUUGGUCUGCUUCGGUGCCAUCUAGCCCGCGCCAACCCACAAGCCAAAGCCCUCCUCGCCUACUUCGAGCAGCACGAAUCAGAGGAGGUCCUCAUCGUCUUCACAGACCCUCACAACGAUGAUGGGUACAUCACCCCCCAGUGGUAUAUCGAAACCAAACCGUCCACCGCAAAGACCGUCCCCACGUGGAACUACUCCGAACUCCAGGUGUACGGUUCCAUCCACCCCUUGCCACGCGAAGGCUUGUCCCGGUUGAUUCGGGAUCUCAGCAACACACACGAACAAUCCUACGUCGAUAAGGUGGGCAAAAACGAGACGUGGAAAGUCGAAGAUGCACCGGAGAAGUACAUCGACUUGCUCGAACGGGCGAUUGUCGGGUUUGAAGUGAGGGUUACAAAAGUUGGGUUCAAGUGCAAGAUGUCGCGCGAAAAGGGCGAGGGGGAUCGACAGGGCGUGAUUGAUGGAUUGAGAAGUGUGGGUCAGAACGAGUUAGCAGAACUGACAGAGAGAUUGGGGCCGAUGAAGAAGACGAGUUCAUGA